AUGCCUCAAUCACGCCUUUUCAAGCCCCUCAAGAUAGGUGGCAUGGAAGUCAAACAUCGAAUCGGAAUGGCACCACUCACUCGCUUCCGAGCAACCGAAGACCGAGUUCCAACACUCCUCAUGAAGGAAUACUACGGCCAACGCGCCGCAGUGCCAGGCACCUUGAUCAUCUCUGAGGGAACAUUUAUAUCAGCAACAUGUGGCGGAUUCCCACACGCACCAGGGAUUUGGUGUGAGGAUCAAAUCGCUGCCUGGAAGAUUGUCACCGAUGAAGUUCAUCGUAAAGGAUGUUUCAUAUUCUGUCAACUAUUUGCCAUGGGUCGUGCUGCGGAUGUCGAUUCAGCCCGGAAGGAAGGCAACGAGGUCAUAGCUCCCAGUGCUAUUCCAAUGGAAGAAGGCGCCGUGGUGCCCAGGGCCAUGACCACCGACGAGGUCAAGCAGACAAUCCAAGAUUAUGUCAACGCUUCGAAGAACGCUAUUCAGGCCGGCUUUGACGGUGUCGAGGUUCAUGGUGCGAAUGGAUAUUUGCUUGACCAAUUCAUCCAAGACGUCAGCAACAAUCGGGAUGAUGAGUACGGCGGGAAUGUUGAGAAUAGAUCUCGUAUUCUCGACGAGGUGAUCAAAGCUGUUGUUCAUACCAUUGGCCGUGAACGUGUCGGGCUUCGGCUGAGCCCCUGGAGUACGUUCCAGGGUAUGAAAAUGGAGGAUCCAAUCCCGCAGUUCACGGAUGUGAUCAGCAGGGCCAGACAGGCAGAAAUUGCAUACCUUCAUCUCGUUGAGUCGCGAAUUUCCGGCUCCCAGGAUUACAAGGGUCAUGACACCCUGAAUUUUGCUUACGAUUUAUGGGAUGGACCUUUUCUGGUUGCUGGUGGGUAUGAAGCGCAUGAGGCCCGUAAAUUGGUGGAUGAGAAGUAUCCGGAGAAGGACAUCAUGGUCAUCUUUGGCCGGCACUUCAUCUCCAAUCCGGAUUUGAUAUUCCGGAUUAGAAAGGGUCUGGAGCUCAAUGCGUACAACAGAGAUACUUUUUAUGUCUUUGAGUCAGCGGAGGGUUAUUCGGAUUAUCCAUUCAGCAAGGAGUAUCUGGCAGAUGGGACAUACGCCUAA